UGAGGCAAAUCGGAUCUCAAUCCAUCCAUUCAUCACUCAGACGAGUCCGCACAUAUCCAUCCAUUCAUCGCACGAACUCGCAGAGGAAACACACGCCGAUAUCCAGUCCACAAACACGCCACACAAUCUCUCUCUCUCUCUCUGUCUCUCUCUCUCUCUCUCUCUCACACACACACACACACACACAAGGCCGACGAGCCAAUUGGCGCUCUGCGCCGCCCAGCGCAACAAACAGCGCGAGCCACCACAGCCAGAACCACCAACCACCAGGUACCUAGACCACACCGACGACCUACGAAAAAGGGUCUCUCUCCCCGCCAGCACCAAACGACAAAUACACGCCUCCCUUCAAUUCCAUCACACUACUCUAUCUACGGGCUCGGUCACUUGCCAAGCCAUCAUCUCCCCUUCCCCUCCCUCCCUCAUGACGAUGUGAUAGUUCCUCUCCCUAUAUCUGCCGGGCAGCCUCUUCCUCGACAGCGUCGUGUCCAUGUGCAGAUGCUUCCGCAGAAGAAUGUGCGGGGGCAGCUGCAGGGCAUCGGGGUCGGCCGUGAUGAUUUCGCUACUGCCGUUGUGGCUGUGGGUGUGGGGGAAGGACUCAUGUCUGCCUUGGGCGAUCAUCUCGAGCAGCGCGCAGUAGCAGGCGGGCGUGUAGUGGUGCGGGAACCUCGGCAGAGCCGCCAGCUCCUGAAACGGACACCACAGACAGACAGACAGACAGACAGAAAGCAGGCACAUGCGAACACCCGUGUGUGUGAGUAUCUGUGCAAUCAAUCAACUAUAUAUACCGCAUGCGAGACCUGCCCCUUGAGGACGGCGAUUAUAGCCUUGGCCUGCACCUCCAUGCAGAAGAAGAACCCGCCGGUCCCAAAUGGCAGCCCCACGAAGAACAGGCUGGCUGGGUGGCUCUUGUGGAACACGUGCAGGUGGAGGGCGUCAAACAGGCACUGUGGGUCAUCCGCUGUGCCCGACGGGAUCAGCCCGCUCCCGGGAGCGAAGAACGGGAAAUCUGAAUGUCGUACGUACAACACAACACCACAAUAAAUAAUAGUGUGCCGUGCCGCAGUGGCCUGCUCGUUUGUACCCACCAUACCGUAUGUGUAUCCCGUCGCCCAUAUGACGGCAUCGAUUGUGUCGGUGCUGGUGACCAGCCGCCCGUCGCUCCCCACGCUGAUGUACCGGCCGUCCUCCUCGACACCUUCAGUGCGGCCCACCAAACGCACGUUGGCUGGCAGCUUGGCCGCUAGGUCAGCCGCUGUGUCGGCGUCUGUGAAUUGCGUGCCCGACCACACAACGGUAGUCGCGACGCUGCUGAGCUCCCACACCAAAUCUGCCACACACGAGAGGAGGGACAGGGAAAGAACGACCUAGAUGGACAGGCGCCUCUGAUAUGACUGUGGGAGGUUCAUUCACGUAUGGGCGUACCCGAUCCCGACCAGCUGCCGCCGACCACAAGCACCCGCUGGUUGGCGUAUGCUGACGGCUCGCGGUAGUAUUUCGAGUGCGUAGACGGCCCACGAAACCCCAUCUUUAUCAGUCUCGGAUACCGCGGCUUGUUGUAACGCCCAUUCGCCACCACUAGAGCGUCGUACAGCCGCUCCUCGCCGUUGAUCCGCCAGCCGCCCUCCACCGCUGCGCCUUCCCUGCCAGCUGCCACGUACUCGGCUGAGUGGACAGUCGUGUUGAAGGCAAUCGAGUCACGGAGGGCGAAGCGGUCGGCGUAUGCCUGCAGGUAGCUGAGCACGUCUGUGUGCUUGAUGAAGGAGGGCAGGGAUGGGUCGAAGGGGACGUCGCUGAAGCCCAUGAUCUCCUUGGGUAUGUUGGUGCUAAGCGAAUCAUACAUGACCGAGCGGUCGCCGUACACCCAUAUGCCGCCGACCUGACCCAAUGACUCCAAGACGCGCACAGCGAAGCCGGCGUCACGGAGAUGCCGGGCUGCCACAAGCCCACCUGCAACAGGCAAAGAAAGAUACAGACAACACGACACGGGCAGACAAACAAUUCCAGAGCAUACCUGCUCCGGCGCCAAUCACGGCGACACUCUUCCGAUGGUCAAUCACAUCAAUGGAUUGGGCCACAAGGGCAAGAAUUGAAUGCCUCGCAGAAGCGGCGGUUUGGCUCGUGCGCUCCUCCUCUUCCAU